AUCUGUCCACCGUUUCAGCUCUUUCCACGUGGCUUUGGGUGUGCCCACCAGGGACUGGGUACAAUGCCAGCUCCACUGCCUUCAUUUUCAUUGUUAGGACUGAAGAGCCUGCAAGAGACAUCACCCUGCAUAUGUUUCAUGCAGGAAAGAUAGGAAAGCUGUUCUCUAAACUUUGGCUCCCGACAACCCCAGCUACAACUAGUCUGUGGAAUCUUUGAGAGCUCCAGCAGAAAGUGCAUUCAUCGGCAAGGUGCAUCUCCUCACCCUAGUCCAUAACAGAGAGGCUGCUAGACAUGUCUCUGACCGGAGCCUUUAAAGAUGUCAACAAAUCUCCAGGGCUCAUCAUCUGGAGAAUCGAGAAAAUGGACUUAGUGCUGGUGCCAAAGAAAGCAGAAGGGAAUUUCUAUGAAGGUGACUGCUACCUCUUGCUUCAUACAAAGAAAUCUGGCAGUUCCCUAUUUUAUGAUAUCCACUACUGGAUUGGAAAGGAAUCUUCCAAGGAUGAGCAGAGCUCAGUGGCCAUAUACACUGUACAGCUGGAUGACUACCUUGGAGGUAGCCCCGUGCAGCACCGGGAGGUUCAAGGCUAUGAGUCUGACUGCUUUAGAGGUUACUUCAAACAAGGCAUUAUUUACAAAAAAGGGGGUGUUGCAUCUGGAAUGAAACAUGUGGAAACCAAUACGUAUGAUGUGAAGAGGCUACUACAUGUUAAAGGCAAGAGGAAUGUAACAGCUACAGAGGUGGAUUUGAGCUGGGAAAGUUUCAACAGCGGAGAUGUAUUUUUGCUGGAUCUUGGCAGAACUGUUAUCCAGUGGAAUGGUGCUAAAAGCAAUAUGGCAGAAAGAAUAAAGGGAAUGUUACUGGCUAAAGACAUCCGUGAUAGGGAGCGGGGAGGCCGGAUGGAUAUUAGAGUCAUUGAGGGGGAUCAGGAAGAUGCUUCACCUGAGUUAAGGGACCUUCUUAUAAAUACGAUUGGUAAGAGGACUCACAAUAUCGGACCAGGGACACCUGAUGAAGUUGCAGAUCAAAAACAGAAAGCUAACAUUAUGUUGUACCAUGUCUCAGAUUCUGGAGGUCAAAUGGAAGUGACAGAAGUGGCAACGCGGCCAUUAGUUCAAGACUUGCUCAACCAUAAUGACUGUUAUAUCAUUGACCAAGGUGGAACCAAAAUAUAUGUCUGGAAGGGCAAAGGAGCUACAAAAGCUGAGAAGCUAACUGCGAUGUCUAAAGCUUUGGAAUUCAUAAAGAUGAAAGCAUAUCCUCACAGCACCAAUGUGGAGACAGUGAAUGAUGGAGCAGAGUCUGCCAUGUUCAAACAGUUGUUUCAAAAGUGGGUUGUGAAGGACCAGUCUGUGGGUAUGGGAAAGGCCUACAUUGUGAACAAGAUUGCAAAAGUUAGCCAGGAGAAAUUCGACACAUCUUUGCUUCAUGCCAACCCGGCAGUAGCUGCCCAGGAGCGAAUGGUGGAUGACGGGAGUGGCAAAGUGGAGGUUUGGAGAAUUGAGAACCUAGAGCUAGUCCCAGUGGAGACACAGUGGCAUGGAUAUUUCUAUGGUGGUGACUGCUACUUAGUGCUGUACACAUACCAUGUGAACAAGAAGGCCCACCAUGUAGUUUAUAUCUGGCAGGGACGCCACGCUUCCCAAGAUGAACUGGCAGCAUCAGCUUUCCUGGCUGUGAAACUGGAUCAAGACUUUGGGGGGGAACCAGUGCAAGUUCGAGUGUGCAUGGGAAAGGAGCCCCGGCAUUUUAUGGCCAUCUUCAAAGGAAAGCUUGUGAUAUUUGAGGGGGGCACAUCAAGGAAAGGUAACAAAGAACCAGAGCGGUUAGUGAGGUUGUUUCAGGUUAAUGGAUCAGAACCUUCCAACACCAAAGCUGUGGAGGUUCCUACCUUUGGCUCCUCCCUGAAUUCCAAUGAUGUUUUCCUGCUCAAGACCCAAUCAGAGAGUUAUUUAUGGUAUGGAAAGGGCUCUAGUGGGGAUGAACGUGAAAUGGCUAAACAACUGGCAGCCAUAUUGUCUGGUGGGAAUGUAGAGAUGCUUGCAGAAGGUCAUGAAACUGCCCAGUUUUGGGAAACACUAGGUGGAAAGGCUCCAUAUGCAAAUGACAAGAGGCUUCAGCAAGAGGUAACAGACUUCCACCCUAGGUUAUUUGAAUGUUCAAACAAGACAGGCCGCUUCAUUGUAACUGAGGUGACCAACUUCAACCAAGAUGACCUUGAGCAGACUGAUGUCAUGAUUCUUGAUACAUGGGACCAGAUAUUCCUAUGGAUCGGAUCUGAGGCCAAUGAUAUCGAGAAGAAGGAGGCACUCACAACUGCCCAGGAAUAUCUGAAGACACAUCCAAGUGGCAGGGACUCCGAGACACCAAUACUCAUCGUUAAGCAAGGCUUUGAGCCCCCCAUAUUUACAGGCUGGUUUCUUGCAUGGGACCCACAAAAAUGGAGUGGUGGGAAAUCCUACGAAGAGCUAAAGAAAGAGUUUGGUCAAGGUGCAGUCAUUCACAGAGUUACACUGGAAGUUAAUGGGAUAGCUCGAUCCCCAAACAAAGCCGCCCCAAGUAUUACAUAUCCUCUUGAAUUCCUGACAGGGAAGCAGAAACCUGAGCUGCCUGAAGGGGUGGACCCCACAAGAAAAGAGAGUUACCUCACUGACCAAGACUUUGCGGCUACUUUUGGAAUCACUCGGGAAGAAUUCUAUGCUUUACCAUCCUGGAAGCAGCUGAACAUGAAAAAACAGCUUGGAUUGUUUUAAUUUACAUUAUGGCACAGCUUGAACAUUAACAAACUUAUAUAAAGGAAAACUAAAGCCAAAAGAAGUAAGGUAGAAAUGUUGUACAUUAUGUUUUGGGCUUCUGUACCAGCCCAAGGCACCCCCAGCCCUUUAGCAGGGAAGAUCUGUGCCCCCA